CAAUACUGUUGGUAAAAUGAUAACCAGUGAUAACGAUGGCGGUUACCACUUUGCGUGUAGAAGAAUUAAUAAGUUAUUUUAAAUCACAUAAUAAAAUCCGAGAACAACAGAGUCAUUCAGCGAAAGUGCAUAGUGUAGGAUGGAGUUGUGACGGUAAAUACUUGGCUUCAGGUUCCUUCGACAAGUCCGUUUGCAUAUUUUCGCUAUGCCCAGAUCGUUUGAAGCAAGAAACGACUUUUAGGGGACACGGCGGUAGCGUAGACCAGUUGUGCUGGCACGCUUUCUGUCCAGAAUUACUAUCCACAGCAAGCGGUGACAAGACGGUUCGUAUCUGGGACACGAGAACGCAGAAAUGCACAGCGAACAUCAGUACCCGUGGGGAGAACAUCAACAUAUCGUGGUCGCCAGACGGUAACACGAUCGCCGUCGGGAACAAGGAGGACCUAGUCACGUUCAUCGACGCCCGGGUGAUGAAAAUACGCGCGGAGGAACAGUUCAACUUCGAGGUAAACGAGAUCUCAUGGAACAAGGACUCGGAUACGUUCUACCUGACGAACGGCCAGGGUUGCGUGCACAUACUUAGUUAUCCAGAGCUGGAGUUGUUGCACGUGAUCAAAGCACAUCCUGGCACGUGCAUCUGCAUCGAGUUCGAUCCAACCGGUCAGUACUUCGCUACUGGAUCCGCAGACGCGCUGGUCUCGCUGUGGGAUGCCGAUGAGCUAUGCUGCCUAAGAACGUUCUCGCGGCUGGAGUGGCCGGUCAGGACAAUCUCCUUCUCGUACGAUGGACAGCUGCUGGCGGCGGCUUCCGAGGAUCUGGUUAUCGACAUCGGCGAGGUGCAGACUGGCGAGAAAAUCGCCGACGUCCCAGUAGAGGCAGCGACCUUCACUGUUGCGUGGCACCCCAAACAGUAUCUUCUAGCUUACGCGUGUGACGACAAGGACUCUUAUGACCGAAAACGCGAUGCCGGUAGCUUGAAAGUAUUUGGUUUCGCAAACGACUGAAAAAAUCGUCUUUUUCGUUUUGAAUUCGUGUUGCACUCUCACGCAAUAUUGUCUUAUUUUAUAAACAAAUAAAAAUAAUAUUUUAUAAAUAAACUUAAGUGAUGUACGAUAUAAAAAUUAAACUCUAGAGAUUGUGAGCGAUUACAAGUGCAAAAAUGAAAAAUAGAUAUUUAUAUAAACGCGGAUAUAUUUGACAUACAUAAUGAUGAUUGAUGAAUUUGAAGAGAUGUGAGAAAUAAAAUUGGAAACACUUUGAUUUAUGAGACAACAUAAAAAUUUUGAAAGCAGUACAAGGGAAAAAGUUAAAAUAGAUGGAAUAAAAAUUUAUUUGAAGAGGA